UAAUGAGACAUUUGUAAAUAUUUGACGUAAAAAAUAAAUUUAUAAAAAUCGAUAAAAUAUCGGAAGAACAUACUCGGCAAAAAGAUUACACUAUUUAUAAUUCUAAGAAUUUUCUAUUUUACAAAAGUUUCAAAAGUGGACAAAAAUAUGUAGCUAAAAGAAAGAUUUUCAAUUAAAAAAUCAGAACUUUAUUAUUUCUCUCUUUCACAUAAUUCAAUAUGUUUAUAUAUAUAUAUACUGUGAAUAAGAUUGUGAUACACAAUAUGUGUAUUUUUUAUUGUGGAACAAUUUAUAUCAUUAGUUAUCAGAAUAUGUGCGAAUCUCUUUAAGUAGAAGUUGAAAGUGGAGAUAUUUGUUUUUACAGCGGGACACUGAUUCGGCGCGGGGCGCAGCCGCGUCUCCGUUUAUCGACUGGUUAUUCCCGGCACCGCUACGCUACGGGUUUUCAAUCUUCACCCUGGCACGAGACCAAAACGGCACUCGAAACCUGCGCACUUGCAGCCUCGGCAUGAGGACAGUCAAUCUAACGUGCGCCCUUAGGAAACACAAACCGCUGCGUAGAUCAUGAAAGGGGCGCGCGCACACUUUUAUCCCCUACUAUCUUGACCUGUUCCUCGCACGGGUCAACACGCGAACCACCCGGAGGUGCGAUUAUAUCGUAAAUGCGACUGCUCUUUCUCUCUUUCCCUCCGUUCUUUCUCACCUCGUGUCGUUACUCGGGAUGUGGAAGUCGACGAUCAACCAUUUAACCCCGUCGAAACGUCGCUCCUCUACAAAGUGCGAGGAUAUAUGAAUUUGGAGAACAUUCUUUCAGAUUUGGUCGGGAGAUUUGAUCUCGAUCGGUCUCGGAUGGAAAUAUGACGCUUGUUCUACGAAUUAUUCUCCGAGGAGGGUGUACCGCGUUGUGUGACGCACAGUGAAGGGGUUGCUGGCGCGCAACGCCUCCGCAUCCCCUCCGAGUCGGAUGCUGUAAACUCGAUAACGUUCGUCGAACGUUUUCUGAGCGAAAAGAUCAAAAAAAAAUAUUUUUGAAGAAAUAUCGCACCAAUUUACGGUGUUUACGAGUACGAUGAGGGACAGCUGAGGCUGCAUACGAUGAAUCUCGUGCCAGGCAGUACGUGAGUUUCGCGCAAUUCAAGAACAGAUUGGCGGAUCAGGGUGUUACAAUUCAAGUAAGUUUUCAAGCUAAAUAUAAAAAGCAGUAUUGAUCCCAGAUAUUCUUUUAAUAAGAUAUAUUAUUAAUAGUUUUAAUAAGAUUUUCUGUUAAUACCUUUAUUUCGUUAAUAAUCACGAUUUAUAUAAUAAAAUGUUAGCAUUAUUAUUUCUAAUAACGACGUACAUGUAUAUUCAACAGGUUCGUAUGUGAUUUGCUUUUUUGUUCUUUCAUCUCUUGGCGUUUCCAGCCGACGUCCGAGAUUGACGUAUGAGAGACAAUAUCUUACCGAUAUCCCCUUCACCACUCUCCCCAGAACGUCCGGCUAUAGGAAAGAGGGAUGGUUGUGAAAUAGGCCGUAGCGAUAUAGAUGCUGUUUCACGCGCCAAUCUCGAAUAAUGUUUUAACACGAGAAUUUUGUCGGUCCUUUGAUAUUUUUAUUGGAAAAAAGCAUCCACCAUAGAAAAGUUGGAAGGAAUUCAUGGAUAAAAAAAUGGUCCGAGUGGAUAUGGUAACUAUGAACUCCGAAAAAUCGGCUUGCCGCCGAAAACCAAUAGAAAAAAGUAACAGCGGUAGCAGCAAGAAGGUACCCGAGCAUGUCGAUGAUGUAGAUAAAAAGAAUGAGGAAGGUGAUCAUGCGAAUGAUUCCCCGGAUUUGUCGCCCAAUACUCCUACGUACAACGUCACUGCCUCUUGCGCCGAAGACACCCCUAAUUACCUUGUCUACAAAAAGAUGGAGUCGAUCGUGGAAAAGAUGUUGGACGAAUUUACUGGUGUACCUGUAAAAACGGUCAAGACUUUCAUGACGAAGACGCCGUCUGUUUUUACAGGUACAGAUCUCAUAGCAUGGAUGAUGAAGAGCAUGGAUAUAGACGAUCAAGAGGCUCUUCACGUGGCUCAUCUUAUGGCAUCCCAUGGAUACUUUUUUCCUAUCGACGACCACUGCCUUACCGUAAAGAAUGACAACACAUUCUACAGGUUUCAAACACCGUAUUUCUGGCCAUCAAAUUGUUGGGAACCUGAAAAUACUGAUUAUGCUGUCUAUUUAUGCAAAAGGACGAUGCAGAAUAAAACACGAUUGGAAUUGGCGGAUUACGAGGCGGAAAAUCUGGCUAGAUUACAAAAGAUGUUUUCGCGAAAAUGGGAAUUUAUUUUUAUGCAGGCAGAAGCGCAAAGUAAAGUUGACAAGAAAAGAGAUAAAUUAGAAAGAAAAGUUCUGGAUAGCCAAGAGAGAGCUUUCUGGGACGUGCAUCGACCAAUGCCCGGAUGCGUAAACACUACGGAGAUGGACAUUAAAAAAGCUUGUCGCAGUUAUAAAUCUGUAAUACAACCAAGUAAGCAUUUGCAACUGGGCGUCGCGGGUGGCAGAAUAUCGCCGUCUGUGGAAACGAGUGCGACCUCAUCGAUAGAAUUUUUGCAGAAGGAGAUUGAGACUCUGAAAGACAGACUGGACAAGCCCGUCAUCAAGGUCUCAAAAGUUGCCGAAGCUUUGAUCGGAUACUUUGAACAAUACAUGGAGUACGACCCCUUUUUCACACAACCUGAGCUCACAAAUCCAUGGAUAUCCGAUAAUCUGGAAAUGUGGGAGCAGGAGAAAUUAGCGAAAGAAAUUCCUAUGAGAAGAGUAAAGAGAUGGGCGUUCAGUCUUCAAGAACUCUUACAAGAUCCCGUUGGUAGAGAACAAUUUAUACGCUUUUUAGAUAAAGAAUUUAGUGGGGAAAAUCUCAAAUUUUGGGAAACCGUUCAGGAACUGAAAACUUUACCGCAGAAAGACGUCCAGUCGAAAGUCGAAGAGAUAUGGCGUGAAUUUUUGGACACGGAUGCCAGUUGUCCUAUCAACGUCGAUUCUCGAUCUUACGAGAUCACUAAGAAAAAUCUCGAGAAACCAGACCGAUGGUGUUUCGACGUAGCUGCGGCACAUGUAUAUCAUCUAAUGAAAAGUGAUAGUUACUCGAGAUAUUUACGCUCAGAAAUGUACAAGGACUUUCUUAAUGGAUCCAAGAAAAAGACUUCUGUAAAAGGUAUUCGCUCUAUCGUUUCCUUCACAGGACGAAGAGACACAACAACUUCGUAACCUGCCACUUUCUAGCACUUGUUAUAAUCCUACAUACUCUACUUGCCACAUGCUUUUUUUCUGUU